GGCAACGUUUUUUUUUUUUUUUUAAAUUUUAAGCAGUAGAAACUAUUUUGAUUAGGUUUUGGACGCUGCAGAGAAGAUAAAUAGAGGAAAGUUGCAGGGGAGAGAAGAGUGAUGAACGCCACCACACCCAGAAAAAUAGCCCAAACUCUCCCUUACUUCACCUCUCUAUUUCACCCUUCUCGAGGGGUGAAAAAGAUUGGAUUUUUGAACUUGUGGACAACAAGUAGGAGCGGUUUUAGUGUGAAGAAAAUGGCUUGGAGUUUGGAGAAAAGUGAUGGCAAUGUGGAGACUAAGCUAGUUUCUGUGAGUCCUGCAACAGAAGAUUAUGCCGAAGAGGCAAUUGAAGCUAUCAAAGCUGGGAAAGUUAUAGCUGUGCCCACUGAUACAUUAUAUGGUUUUGCUUGUGAUGCUUG